UUCUGGUUGAAAUCCGUUCUCCGUUGAUGGCGCGCUUACAGUGUAUUCGAAUCGAAACUAGCUUCAUGCGUGUAUUUGGAAAUUGUUUUCUGCUAGCCGGGCCGUAACCUCUAAAUGAUAAACUCAAUUAAGUGCACGUUUUUUUAAUUGUGAUUCUAUAUAGUGCCUUCCAUAGGAAUAUAUUGUAAAGAUUUUUUAAAUCUGCAACAAUAACAAUGACGAAAGUAAAGAAAAACCUAAAAAGGAAACGUGUACAACUCACGGAAGUCGAACCGGGUCCAGAGCCCCUACCUACGGUACGAUAUUCCGAUCAACCGAUUGAAAAGAAGAGAAAAUGGACAAACAAACAAAGAGUUCUUAUAUUCGCAACAAGAGGAAUUAAUCAUCGCGACAGGCACUUAAUGGAGGAUAUCAAGAAACUGAUGCCACACCACAAGCCGGAAGCCAAAAUGGAAAGAUCCAAGACACUAAGCGUGGUAAAUGAAAUGUGCGAAAUGAAAAACUGCAAUAAGGCCCUGAUGUUUGAGGGCAGAAAGAAGCAGGACUUGUACAUGUGGCUGUCCAAUGUACCGAAUGGACCCAGUGUUAAAUUUUUAGUUGAAAACGUCUCAACCAUGGCGGAACUAAAGCUCACAGGCAACUGUUUGAGGGGAUCCCGACCUCUUUUGAGUUUUGAUCCCACUUUUGAAACUGAACCCCAAUACAAAUUACUAAAGGAAUUGUUAGCUCAGGUAUUUGGAGUGCCGAAACAUCACCCAAAGAGUCAACCGUUUUUCGAUCAUAUUUACACGUUCUGCAUUCUGGACAAGAGAAUUUGGUUUCGGAAUUUCCAAAUAUUAUCUGAAGAUGGGGCCGUUGCCGAGAUAGGCCCUCGAUUUGUUCUAAAUCCAGUAAAGUUGUUUUCUGGAAGCUUUGGAGGCGUUCCUUUAUGGGAAAAUUCACACUAUGUCAGCCCUGCUAGGUACCGCCAGCAAGUGAGAUUGGACGCCAAGUCUAAAUAUGUUAAUCGGGUACAACAAAAGGCUCAUGCUGAAGCCACAAGACCAGGAGGUGCAGGUUACAAACUCACUCCUUUGGAGGACAUAUUUAGAGGAGAUAAUGUUAAGAAAGCAGGCGAAUUGAAAAAGAAAAAAUAAACGGCCUUUCUGUUUA